AUGCCUCCAACGUCACAAGCCUCGCAUGGCUCCAAGUACGAACCAAUCCUCGUUUCCAGCGAGUCCACUAUCAACCUGUGGUCGGUCGCCUAUAAGGAGAUUGACGAAGAGACUAAGAACUGGAUUGGAGAGUUUGAUAUGAACUGCGAAGAUCGCAUCCAGGCCAAGCAGCUGACAAUAUUGGUGCGGAAGAAGGAGGAUUUUUACAAAAGUGAAGAGUCAGGAGUGACGGUCGGCGAGAAAAGGAUCCUGUGGAGAGACUAUGCAAGCCGAGUUGUGGCAGGGGCGACGACUAUCGGGGACAUUUCCGUUCAGUUUGCGCCCGCGCCGGCUGCACCCGUCUGGUCGGCCUUGAAGGUGCUUUUGAAAACCCACGUAGCUCAGUUGGACCAAGUCACUGCCAUCCUCGGCUGCGCUGACAGAGUCUUGAGUAUAGUUAGACGUGGCCAGGUGUAUGAGGUUAUCUACGACCUCCGCACCGCAGUAGAUCCUUCGGCGGUCGGUUUGAGGGACUCACUUAUCAAGCUAUAUAAGGGAUCACUGGAGUUCUUCGCUUUGGCAGCUAAAGAACUGGAUGGAGGGUGGCCGAAGAAAUUUCUACAGGCACUUACCAACCCCGGCCGAGCUGAGUUGAUAUUAUCUGACCUGUCAAAGUUGGAAGCCGAGGUUUUGAAAGGUGCCGGUUGUUGCGAACGGGAGUGGGCGCUCUCUGUGAACGAAAAACACCAAGAGCUCCUUCAGACUCCUUAA